AUGGCUUCCGAGAACCCAGCUUCUGAGCCUGUAAUGGAUUCAUCGGGCACUCAGGUCUUGGACAAGAUCGUGUCCGCGUCCAACUUUAAUCGGGAUGAGGUUGAUAGAUUGCGGAAGCGUUUUAUGAAACUGGAUAAAGAUAAUUCUGGUACGAUUGAAAGGGACGAAUUUCUUUCUCUGCCUCAAGUGUCUUCUAACCCAUUGGCUACUCGAAUGAUCGCAAUUUUCGACGAAGAUGGUGGCGGUGAUGUAGACUUCCAAGAAUUCGUUUCCGGGUUAUCAGCCUUCAGUUCGAAGGGUAACAAAGAGGAGAAGCUUCGAUUUGCUUUUAAAGUAUAUGAUAUCGACCGUGACGGGUAUAUAUCAAAUGGGGAGCUGUUUAUUGUUCUGAAAAUGAUGGUUGGCAGCAAUUUGAAGGACAAUCAGUUACAGCAGAUAGUGGAUAAGACCAUUAUGGAAGCUGAUCAGGAUGGGGAUGGAAAAAUAAGCUUUGAAGAAUUUACCAGGAUGGUUGAGAACACUGACAUCAGUAUGAGCAUGACUUUGGAUCAAUUUUAA